AUGUCAAAUGGCGAGAAAAUGUGUAUUGCUUUUAAUAUCAGCUUAAGUCCCAUAUUAGUAUUCAUCUUCGUAGUCGUAUUUGUAAUCGUACGUAAAAACGAUAAUAAUGGUUAUUGUAAUGGUAAUGUUAAUCUUCAUGGCAAUGGUAAUCAUAAUGGUAAUGUUACCGAUAAUGGUAUUGGAAAAUGUGACGGUAAUGGUAAUGCUAAUGGUAAUGGUAAUGGUAGUGGUAUUGGUAAUGAAUUAUUAAUAUUUGUGAUGUGUUGCAUAUUCUUUGACAAAACUUGGGCGGUACCACGCGGCUACCCGAAGGGCGGGCCACCAGCGCCACCACCAAGACCACAACCGCCACCUGGUGGUGGUGGUGGUGGAGGCUAUUCAUAUCCGCCGCCUAGUGGGGGUGGUGGUUUCGGUAAUGGUGGCGGUGGUGGCGGCGCGCCUGGAGCAGGUUCGGAUAUACCUAUCAUCAAAUUGGAAUCUAAAGUCAAUAUCGAUGGUUCAUAUCAAUAUGAAUACGAAACUGGCAAUGGCAUCAAUGCACAAGAGUCUGGUUUUGUGAAAAAUGCCGACGAUCCCUGCAAUGCUGUUUUAACCGCAGAGGGCUCCUUUUCCUACACCAGCCCCGAGGGCCAAGCUUUCCUUGUGACCUAUACUGCCGAUGAGAAUGGAUUUCGACCACAGGGUGAUCAUUUACCAACGCCGCCACCCAUACCGCCUGAGAUACAGGAUGCACUGGAUAAGAUUGCUGCCGGUGGCGGACAUCCUGAUGAUGGCGGCGAUAACGGUUGUCCUCAGAAUAAUGGCUGCAAUGGUGGUGGUGCUCCGCCACCACCCAGUAAUGGCUAUCUGUAUUAG